CAUGACAUUUGACAUAUGUACGGCACUCGCACGCUUUACAGCUACCUACCUCUAAAAUCUAACCUCAUGUACGGCACGUGUUGAAUAAAAAUACUCAAUCAACCCGCAAAUACGACGUGGAGUGGUAAUUUCGUUAAUUAUUUAAUGAAAUAAACAAAUUUAGUCUGCAAGAUAAACAUUACAAAUCGAAAAUGACUGAAGUUCUACCGUCCGGCUCCGAAGUGUUUACGGAGAAGAAGAAAAAGAAAAACAAGGAAGGAGUUUCCCUCGGUGCGUUUCAGAAGAUCGGAGACUUUAAAAUCGAGCCAUCCGAAAGUGUGACUAAGUUAGACACUGCGUAUUGGCCGUUAUUGUUGAAGAAUUUCGACCGCCUCAAUGUACGUACAAACCAUUACACACCGCUUCCCUUCGGUAGCUCACCGUUAAAACGCCCGAUCCUAGAAUAUGUGAAAUCUGGCUUCAUAAAUGUAGACAAACCGAGCAACCCGAGCUCCCACGAAGUCGUAUCAUGGAUUAAAAGAAUAUUGAAGGUGGAAAAAACUGGUCACUCUGGUACCCUCGAUCCUAAGGUGACGGGCUGCCUCAUCGUGUGCAUAGAUAGAGCUACGAGAUUAGUCAAAUCGCAACAGAAUGCUGGUAAGGAAUACGUGGCCGUGUUCAGUUUACAUUCUGCUGUAGAGAGUGUUAAGAAAGUCACGCAGGGCCUCGAGAGACUCAGAGGAGCCCUGUUCCAACGACCUCCCUUGAUUUCUGCGGUGAAACGUCAGCUGCGAGUUCGUAGUGUGUACGACAGUAAGUUAUUAGACUAUGAUCAGGAAAGAAAUAUUGGUGUUUUCUGGGUCAGCUGUGAGGCAGGCUCCUAUAUCCGUACUUUGUGCGUUCACUUGGGUCUCAUGGUUGGGGUCGGCGGUCAGAUGAUUGAACUCAGACGAGUCAGAUCAGGUAUACAGGGAGAGAGGGAAGGCAUGGUGAGCAUGCAUGACAUAUUAGAUGCACAGUGGGCAUAUGAAAACCACAAAGAUGAAUCUUACUUGAGACGAGUCAUCAAACCUCUGGAAGGUUUACUGAUAGGUCAUAAGAGAAUCUUCAUUAAGGAUAGUGCUGUCAAUGCUGUAUGUUAUGGUGCUAAGGUUCUUCUACCUGGUAUUCUAAGGUAUGAAGAUGGAAUAGAAGUUGAUCAGGAAAUAGUCAUUGUGACGACGAAGGGAGAAGCCGUCGCUCUUGCCAUAGCCCUCAUGACCACAUCAACAAUGGCAGCUUGCGAUCAUGGAGUAGCGGCAAAAUUAAAACGAGUCAUAAUGGAACGAGAUACAUAUCCAAGAAAAUGGGGCCUUGGUCCCAAAGCCUCGCAGAAGAAACUAUUAAUACAGCAAGGAAAAUUAGAUAAAUAUGGAAAACCCAACGAGAACACACCAUCGGAAUGGUUGAAUAGUUAUGUAGAUUAUAAAAAGAAGGCACCAGAAAGCAGUGCAGAGCCAAUUCAGGAAACCAGUAGGAAACGUACAGCUAGUACGUCAAACGCCGACAAUCCAAAUGACUCCGUUGAAAUGAAAUCUGAGAAAAAGAAAAAGAAGAAGAAGCGUGACACGGAAGCGACAGAAGCAGAGGCACCAGUGGAAACAGAACAAACAGAAGCAGAACAAACAGAAGCAGCAGAUGAAUCAGUAAGAAAAGAGAAGAAGAAAAAGAAAAAGAAGGAUAAACAAAAGGAAAGACAAGAAGAAUAAAUAGAUAUACUUAUUAUAUCUAUUUGUUUUUAAGAUCAUUUGUGGCUUAAGUCUCGCUUGUAGCGUAUAAGAAAAAAAAAAAUCACUAUGACUUAUGUUUUACGAAAAAGUUAUUACCUUUAAAAGAAAUGCUAACUAAACAGCAAAAUAUCAAAACUAUCAUCAAAAAUAUCAAU